AUGGCAACCUCUUCAUUCAACUCUGUAGACUAUCUGAGUCAAAUUCGACAACGUGAGCAAAGCAAUGAGAGUUUCUUUCAAGACUCCAUGGUCACCCAAUCGCCUAGCUCUACGGUCACAGAGCCAUUUGCGUCCUCUAUGAAUGGCCUUUUCUACCCUUCGAUGCUGACCCAGCAUUAUCCCGCGCCGCCUGGUCCCAACUUCUCCACUUCCUCCUCUAUACCUCCUCCCAAUGUGAACUACUUGGGCCAAAAUCCUACGCAGUAUCCGUCAACUCAGCUGCACAGUGCCACUGAAUCUUUGGCUGUAGAUUAUCUCAGUCCAGGCCAAAACACCGCGUGGACGCCGCCAUCGGCAUCUACUACCUCUGUGCAAAAAACACCGGCACCAAAUGGUAACGUUGAUAUUACCCAGAAGUAA